AUGGUCCUUCUGUUGAUCCUGUCAGUUCUGCUUUUGAAAGAAGAUGUCCGUGGGAGUGCACAGUCCAGUGAAAGGAGGGUGGUGGCUCACAUGCCAGGUGACAUCAUUAUUGGAGCUCUCUUUUCUGUUCACCAUCAGCCCACGGUGGACAAAGUUCAUGAGAGGAAGUGUGGGGCAGUUCGUGAACAGUAUGGCAUUCAGAGAGUGGAGGCCAUGCUGCACACUCUGGAAAGGAUCAACUCAGACCCCACACUCUUGCCCAACAUCACACUGGGCUGUGAGAUAAGGGAUUCCUGCUGGCAUUCGGCUGUGGCCCUAGAGCAGAGCAUUGAGUUCAUCAGGGACUCCCUCAUUUCUUCAGAAGAAGAAGAAGGUUUGGUGCGCUGUGUGGAUGGGUCUUCCUCUUCCUUCCGUUCCAAGAAGCCCAUUGUAGGGGUCAUUGGGCCUGGCUCCAGUUCUGUGGCCAUUCAGGUCCAGAACUUGCUUCAGCUUUUCAACAUACCUCAGAUUGCUUACUCGGCAACAAGCAUGGAUCUGAGCGACAAGACUCUGUUCAAGUACUUCAUGAGGGUUGUUCCUUCAGAUGCCCAGCAGGCACGGGCCAUGGUGGACAUAGUGAAGAGAUACAAUUGGACCUAUGUGUCAGCUGUUCACACAGAAGGCAACUAUGGAGAAAGUGGGAUGGAGGCUUUCAAAGAUAUGUCAGCCAAGGAAGGAAUUUGCAUCGCUCAUUCUUACAAAAUCUACAGCAACGCAGGGGAACAGAGUUUCGAUAAGCUGCUGAAGAAGCUCAGGAGUCACUUGCCCAAAGCCCGGGUCGUGGCCUGCUUCUGUGAGGGCAUGACUGUGAGAGGUCUCCUGAUGGCCAUGAGGCGCCUGGGUCUAGCAGGAGAAUUUUUGCUUCUGGGCAGUGAUGGCUGGGCUGACAGGUAUGAUGUGACAGAUGGAUAUCAGCGAGAAGCUGUUGGUGGAAUCACAAUCAAGCUUCAAUCUCCUGAUGUCAAGUGGUUUGAUGAUUAUUAUCUGAAGCUUCGGCCAGAAACAAACCUUCGAAAUCCUUGGUUUCAAGAAUUUUGGCAGCAUCGUUUUCAGUGCCGGCUGGAAGGGUUUGCACAGGAGAACAGCAAAUACAACAAGACUUGCAAUAGUUCUCUGACUCUGAGAACACAUCACGUUCAAGAUUCCAAAAUGGGAUUUGUGAUCAAUGCUAUCUAUUCCAUGGCCUAUGGGCUCCACAACAUGCAGAUGUCCCUCUGUCCAGGCUAUGCAGGCCUCUGUGAUGCAAUGAAGCCAAUUGAUGGACGGAAACUUUUGGACUCCCUGAUGAAAACCAAUUUUACUGGGGUUUCUGGAGAUAUGAUCCUAUUUGAUGAGAAUGGAGACUCUCCAGGAAGGUAUGAAAUAAUGAAUUUCAAGGAAAUGGGAAAAGAUUAUUUUGAUUAUAUCAAUGUUGGAAGCUGGGAUAAUGGAGAAUUAAAAAUGGAUGAUGAUGAAGUAUGGUCCAAGAAAAACAACAUCAUCAGAUCCGUUUGCAGUGAACCAUGUGAGAAAGGCCAGAUAAAGGUGAUCCGGAAGGGAGAAGUCAGCUGUUGUUGGACCUGUACACCCUGUAAAGAGAAUGAAUAUGUCUUUGAUGAAUACACCUGCAAGGCGUGCCAGCUGGGGUCGUGGCCCACUGAUGACCUUACAGGUUGUGAUCUGAUCCCAGUACAGUAUCUUCGCUGGGGUGACCCUGAACCCAUUGCCGCUGUUGUGUUUGCCUGCCUCGGCCUGCUGGCCACCCUAUUUGUUACUGCAGUCUUCAUCAUUUACCGUGAUACUCCAGUAGUCAAGUCCUCCAGCAGGGAACUCUGCUACAUUAUCCUUGCUGGCAUCUGCCUGGGUUACUUAUGUACCUUCUGCCUCAUUGCAAAGCCCAAACAGAUUUAUUGCUACCUUCAGAGAAUUGGUAUUGGUCUUUCUCCAGCCAUGAGCUACUCAGCCCUCGUAACCAAGACCAAUCGUAUUGCAAGGAUCCUGGCUGGCAGCAAGAAAAAGAUCUGUACCAAAAAGCCCAGGUUCAUGAGUGCCUGUGCCCAGCUAGUGAUUGCUUUCAUCCUCAUAUGCAUUCAGUUGGGCAUCAUCGUUGCCCUCUUUAUAAUGGAGCCUCCUGAUAUAAUGCAUGACUACCCAAGCAUUCGUGAAGUCUACCUGAUUUGUAAUACCACCAACCUAGGAGUUGUCACUCCUCUUGGAUACAAUGGUUUGCUGAUUUUGAGCUGUACCUUCUAUGCUUUCAAGACCAGAAACGUUCCAGCUAACUUCAAUGAGGCCAAGUACAUCGCCUUCACCAUGUACACCACCUGCAUCAUAUGGCUGGCCUUUGUGCCAAUCUACUUUGGCAGCAACUACAAAAUCAUCACCAUGUGUUUUUCAGUCAGCCUCAGUGCCACAGUGGCGCUGGGCUGCAUGUUUGUGCCAAAAGUGUACAUCAUCCUGGCCAAACCGGAGAGAAACGUGCGCAGCGCCUUCACCACAUCUACCGUGGUGCGCAUGCAUGUGGGGGAUGGCAAGUCAUCCUCAGCAGCCAGCAGGUCCAGCAGCCUAGUCAACCUGUGGAAGAGGAGGGGCUCCUCUGGGGAAACCCUAAGGUACAAAGACAGGAGACUGGCCCAGCACAAGUCGGAAAUAGAGUGUUUCACCCCCAAAGGGAGUGUGGGCAAUGGUGGGAGAGCAACCAUGAGCAGCUCCAAUGGCAAAUCCGUCACGUGGGCCCAGAACGAGAAGAGCAGCCGGGGGCAGCACCUGUGGCAGCGGCUGUCCAUCCACAUCAACAAGAAAGAGAACCCCAACCAAACGGCCGUCAUCAAGCCCUUCCCCAAGAGCACGGAGAGCCGCGGCCUGGGCGCAGGCGGCGCGAGCGGUGGCGCGGGGGCCGCGGGCGGCGCGGGGGGCGCGGGCGGCGGCCCCGGCGGGCCGGAGCCCCCGGACGCCGGCCCCAAGGGGCUGUACGACGUGGCGGAAGCCGAGGAGCACUUCCCCGCGCCCGCGCGCCCGCGCUCUCCGUCGCCCAUCAGCACGCUGAGCCAGCGCGCGGGCUCCGCCAGCCGCACGGACGACGACGUGCCGUCGCUGCACUCGGAGCCCGCGGCGCGCAGCAGCUCCUCGCAGGGCUCGCUCAUGGAGCAGAUCAGCAGUGUUGUGACCCGCUUCACCGCCAACAUCAGCGAGCUCAACUCCAUGAUGCUGUCCACCACGGCCCCCGGCCCCGGCGUGGGCGCCCCGCUCUGCUCGUCGUACCUGAUCCCCAAAGAGAUCCAGCUGCCCACAACCAUGACGACGUUCGCUGAAAUCCAGCCGCUGCCCGCCAUCGAGGUCACGGGCGGCGCGCAGCCCGCGGCGGCGGCCCCGCCGGCUGGGGGCGCUGCUCGGGAGACGCCGACGGCCGGGCCGGAAGCUGCAGCCGGCAAGCCGGACCUGGAAGAGCUGGUGGCUCUCACCCCGCCGUCCCCCUUCAGAGACUCGGUGGACUCGGGGAGUACAACCCCCAACUCGCCAGUGUCGGAGUCGGCCCUCUGUAUCCCUUCGUCUCCCAAAUAUGACACACUUAUCAUAAGAGAUUACACUCAGAGCUCCUCGUCGUUGUGAAUGUCAUUGGAAACCACGCUGGGUUCCGCCAAGGGAGCCAAGACCUCCCGUGUUCACGCAGACACAGUGACAAGCAUAGUCGCCUGGUUAAGACCCGAGGUGGAAGAUGCCAAGUACACCCGUAAUGGAAACACGAGAUUAAUAGUGCUAUUUAACAUCAACCGACGAAGACACCGACCACAAAUCCUUUGGCAGAUUUUCUUCUAGUGGCCUUAGAAAACAUGGGCUUUUAAGAAACAGAAACACUGCUUAUAUUUUUGAGGGCUGACAAGAGUCUGUUGAACCAGUUCCAUACCAAGUGCUUUGCUCUAGGGAAGCAAUGAGUGUGUAACAGCAUAAUGGAGGGGGAAAAGCAUAGUUAUUAAGCAACUGUACAAAGUUUUGUUUGUUUACUUUAAUUCUUUUCCCAGAAGAUUCUUUGAUUCACCAAACAUGAAUGUACAUUUUCUAACAAACUCAAAAUCUGGGACCAAAACAUCAACCUUUUGCUCUCUUUUUUUGUUUUUUGGGUUUUUUUCCGUUUUUUUUUUUUCUUUUUUUCUGUCCUUUAAAGACUUUGAAAAGCAGUAACUUGGGCCCAGUAUUUACUGAGGCAUUGUUGUGAGUGUGUCCCAUGCAUAACACACAACUGGAUAAUGAGUGCUGCGCUGAUGUGUAUAAGGCUUUUACCAGAGACAUUCCUCUCCAAUUUGGUUUUGAAAUCCUCUUUGAAAAGCCUGCAUCCGGGAGUCCACCUAGUUAUUUCAGUUCACCUCCAUUAACCAAGAAAACCAAUGGAAGAUUUCUUGACUAUUUCACCAUGUUGCCAAUCAAUACUGGAGUAGCAAAAAAAUAUUUUCUGGAAUACUGUUUUGUAAUUCCCUCACUGGGGUACCGUUGUGUAGCUGGAAAUUCUCUUUAUAAUAAUAAUAAUUCCUGAGCUCCAGCUUGGCUAUCACUUUCAUGAAAUGUGGCCACUCCUCCUUAUGAAUGCUGUUCCAUUAGCAUUGCCAGCUAAAAUAUUAAAAUAUGCAUUUGGGCUUCUCCAUUCCUUUCUUUUGAGAACCUGAUGCACAAAGAGCUCCUCUGUUCUUUCCAAGUCCCACCACUGGAAGAAUGGUCUAUAGACCCAGCGAAGACAGCGACAUGAUUAGAGGGACUGUUGUUCAAAAAGUUAACACAAUCUUAAUACGCUGGAAAUUUUAAACUGUGUCAAGUCGGCUUAGCAGAGAUUUAGCUAUGCCAGUGAGCAGUGAUUUUAACUUUUUCUGGCUGCUUAAAGAGGGCAGCUAUGAACUAUGACAAAUGUAGAUUUUUCAAAGCAAUACAGAAUAUUAAAACAGAGGAACCUUAAUGAAUAUAAACCACACAGUCUCUUAGCCAUUCCAAAAAGAGGCAAAGCAAUUAUUAGUAUUUCCUUUUUAAAAUAAUUAUUAAUAUGAUUUUGUGCACUUCAUACUGUCACUUUUUAAAUACUGCAGAAAAGAGAUUUAAAGAUAUACUAGAAAUACAUGUGCUUUAAUAGGCUCAUAUAGGUAGAAUUCAUAGCUCAAGACCUGCAUCCACAGUCAUCUAUUUCUUCUUCUCAUUACAGUUGUCCUCAGGUGCCAAAUGUUUUUUUGUGUUGUUUUGUUUUGGU